UUAUAUGACGUUCUGUUGUCAAAUCACUAAGACAUCCCCGAUACUGCAUUGUCAAGCGCUAGACCACUACAUAAGCCUUCGAGAUUAUAUUAUUUUUUGGAUUCAUGAUCAAGUAGAAGUACCGUACCGAAAACAGUACUUUUAAGCUUACGUACGUACAAAAAAUAAUGCUACUGUAUCGAUAUAUUACUAGUAUCGGUACGUACUACUUCGUACAAGUAUUUUCUAGCACUUCUCCGACAAAGGAAAAUCUCACUGAAGUGUUCAGUCUCUUUUUUGUGUCGAUCGCUUUAGGUCUCCGUUGAGAUAAAAUUGUGGAGCUUAAUAAAAUUUAAUUUAUUCGCGUCAAAAAUAUUUUGGUUGAAGAAAAGAAAACCUGAUCAAUGAAAAACUUCAAGUUUCCCCAGUCUCGAUGUGAGCUCCAAGACCAAUAAAAUAUAUUGCCUUCCAUGGCAACGAUGUGCAAGCGACCACGACAGAUAAGUAAUUUUUGGAGAGGCCAUUCUAUUCUAUUCUUUGCUUAUUUAAUGUAUCCACCGAUCUGGGAUUGAAGGAGGUCUAUUUCUUCCGGAAUCUCGAAAUUAUCUAAAAGAGCAUCGUUCUGCACGUUCUGCAUUUUCAACACGACCUGCAGUCGUCCAGUUUGUCGUUUUCGACGACGUUCAUUUUUUCACGACAAAAAUUCUUGCCACACAAAAAUCAAAACUACAGAAAAAUGAUCGAUACAUCAUCCACGACGAGCACCGCUGUCACAGUCACAAUGAAAAAAGCAGAAUCGAAGACGAUAUCAACCAAGAUGGAAUCAUCUCCUCUACCGAAGAAGUCUGUUCGAUUUCUAACGAAUUCUCUGGUGUACCGUACGGAGCACAUCAACGACUACACGAAAGGCGAGAUCGAAAGAAGCUGGUACAGCCAAGAAGAAAUGUCAAGCAUUGUUUCGGAUUGCAUGGACACACUCACGGCAGUGAAAAACAACGAUCCCUCAAAUUCCUCGGGCCGCUGCCUCCGCGGCCUCGAAUACCACCUUCCCGAGGGCCAAAAGAAGCGACGGGCAAACAAAUUUGGAGCCAUCGACCUCGUCCUCGACGAGCAGACCAUCCAAUGGGAGUGCGAAGAGGAAGACGCACACGCAAUCCGAACUUUGUACCUCACGUAUUCGGUUCCAUGCCAGGCAGAGGCGAACAGGAUCGGACUCGACGACGAGAGGGAAGCCAGAUUUGUCUACCGGGAGAGCGACAAAAACAACGACAACUGCCUCCUGGAGCUGUCGGCGACUAGGCCGUCGCUGUUGGCGCUCAAGCAAGCGAGUCAGCACAAAUCGUUCAAGUGCAUAUCGAACGAACUGGCCAGCCAAUGUUCACCCGUGGGACGAGCUGCGUAACACCAAGACAGGUCCGGAGGGAACCUGUAAACAAAUAAUGCUACUAAAAUAUGUAAAUUACUAGUCUUAUCAUUGCGAGCCAAGCCGUUUACUAUGGUUGUAGCACUAAGAUUUCAAUAGAUCUUCAUUGCGAAC